AUGGCUUUGCCACUUUUAUCUAUGCUGGGUGCUCUUCCACUGCUACUAUGGCAACAGUUGCAUGACUUCAGCAAUUCUAUGAGGGAUUUCUGGUUUAUUGGGGGUGAUUUCAACUGCCUCUCCUCACCUAAUGAGAAGAAGGGUGGGAGAUCUCCUGAUACCAAUCUUAUGAAUUUAUUCAAUGAUAAUAUCCAGUAUGCUGGGCUUUAUUAUUUGGGAUUUACUGGUCCUAAGUACACAUGGAGAUGGGGAAGGAUAUGGGAGAGGCUGGAUAGAAUAGUGUGGAACUGGGAAGUGGUGGGGAACAUUGAUAGCAAGGUUCUGGAGGCUGAAAAGAAGGUACUGAAUAUUGAACAUCUCCUGGUCAAUGGAUCUGGGUCGGAAACUGAUCUACGUUCUGCUAAUGAACAAUUUAUGGAAGCCAUCUCUAUGCAAGAGGAGUUCUAUGCUCAAAUGUCUAAUAGGAUUAAAUUCUGUGAAGGUGAUAGAAAUUCUAAGUAUUAUCAUGCCUGCAUCAACUAUAGGAGGAAAUGCAAUACUAUUCACAAAAUCACUACCAAGGAUGGAAAAUUGAUUACAUCUACUGCUGGGAUAGCUUUGAAUGUUGUUCAGUAUUUUCAAGAAAUUUUCAAGCAACCUCCUAUCCCCAAGUCUUCCAUUCAAUGCACUCUUUUUGCUAAAAAAAAGGGAGUUCACUCAAAGCCUUUCACUCACUGA